CACCAACUCCUAGCAACUUCUGAAAAUAAGAGAAGGGCCACUGUUGUACAGUGGUUCUCCUCAAAAAACCUGCAGCUGUUGACUUUGCCAAGGAAACUGCAUCCAGGGGUUGCACUGGUGAAACCUUUUAGAAUUCUACCGUUACAGAGUACACCAGUUCUGCUUACUUACUUAUGAUAGGAUUCUGUACUUUUUCACUACUGUUAAAAGCAAAAGCGGUAAAGGUUUUCUUCCUAACCAAGUAGCUCUCUGUGUGUAGCAGUGCACUGAGCUGGAAUUGCUUCCAUACACUCAACUAAAGUAGAGCCUACAAAAUACUGUUGUCAGGCAGCCUUUGGUGCAGCAUUAAAAGAUUAUGAGAAAUUAUUCAAAUGACAGGAUGCGUAAAAACAUCCUCACAACUUUAGCAGAAUGUGGAGGCAACAGUUCUCAAAACAUAGGUAUCGGUUGUGCAGGAAUUUCUAUACAUCAACAGGUGUUUUGCCUCUGGAAGAGAAGUAAUCCUGGGGAUUUGCAUUGUAAUUUAAGAACUAAUUACUGUAGUUAAUAUAUCUCCAUGAUAACAUAUAGAGGUAAUCCUGUGGUGCCUUUAAUACGGCAUUUGAAUUCUUGUUUAUUUAAGAGAUUUAUCAAGAGAUUUAAUUGUGAGAAUUUGUCCAUUUGUAUUUUUAAUGUCUUUUGCUUCCUCUUCCACAUUAUACCCCUCUACUUAUACAGCACAAGGGAGAGGCCGUGUGUACAGAAAGUGGCUCAGGAUAAUGUGAAAAAGAGCAGAAAUUCCUUGCCAUACUGCCUUUAAGUCUGUAAAAGUCCAUCUGUACAGGAAACUGGUUCUCAGGUGAAGAAAACAGAUGGUCUGUGUUCCUUUAGAAGAACUGAGGGCUGGCGGCUGCCCACAGCGAAUGCUAUUUGUGUGACCAGCGGAGUCUCCUGCAGUGCAGAAGGUGAGUGGAAAGGAUCCAAAUGUGAAGCUGUGUUGGAUGGGCACGUUGCAGCACGCCUUGGUAGCUGCUAUGAUGGACAGAGCCUGGGAGCUUGCGGAGGGAUUGCCGCUCCACGUUAGGCUCUGCUAGUGUGGGUUUGCUGUUUCCCUAAUUUAUGCUGGGCUUUUUUUGUCCUCUUCCUGCCCAGUUCUGCAGGAUACUAUUCUUGCCCCUUGGCAGAUUUCACACUGUCUACCCUUGUCAGUGGAUUUUUUUCCUAAACAGAUUUCACAGAAUAGGGUGCCAAUUUGUGCUCAGGUGUAGAGGAGUCCAGAAUGAUUUUAAUGUGAUCAUUGUAGGUUGUUUUCCAUGCAGUUCCCGUGUUUAUUUUAACUGGGAAUUUUAAAAUGUGAACACACUCAAUAUUGAAAAAUAUAAGAAAUAGCAAAUGAACGUUAGUAUGAGUCGUAAGUAUGAAGCCAGAAAGCACUUUGGGCUAGCUUACAUAUUCACAUUUCUCACCAAUUACUGCACUUCCCUCUGGACUGAAAAAACUGUGGAUCACACCUGUGUGAAAAGUGAUUGCUAAUUAGUUGUCCAUUAGUUUCCAUACUCCAAGACCUAUUUGUGCAAGGCAAAUAUAGGUUAAUUUGCUUUAUGGAAAUCAAAUUAUUUUACUUAUAUUCUUCAUUAACACUGGAGCCUUAAGAUUGUGCCCUGUGAAGCUUGGCUACAUAUCACGGAGGAAGAGGUUGAGCAUUUUGAAGAUGGCUGGGUUUUCCUCUGGGCAUCUCCCUGGCUGACAGACAGUUGCUGCCAUGGUGCCUUAGGGGAGGCACAGGGUCUGCUCCGUGCAGAGGGAGCAAAGCCUGCAAGUGAGGGUGGCAGGGGGAGGUAGCCCAUGUCUCUUGCAGUGCCUCUCUCUUGUGAGCUGUUAAUCAGUCCUAAAGAAAGAACCUGCGGAACCAAGGCUCAUUUGAAAAAAAAGCUGUGAAAACCCUUUUUGGAACCAGUAGAAGAAAAGUACUGAAAGAUUGCUGUGGAGAGGAGGCUUCAUGACUUCAUGAAAUUCGCAGCUAAUGCUAACGUAUGAGGGGCUACAGAUCACUACAGAAAACAGACUGCAGGUAGCCUUAAGAAGAUUAGGUACAUUGGCAAAAUAACCUGAGAUUCAGCCCUGAGCUAAUGUAUUCUGUAGCAGAGGAACCUACAGACACAGAGACAGUGGGAGGAAGAAAUUGAAAAGCAAUAAUGACAAAAAAGACUUGGGAUAGUAGAAACAGCAAAUUGGGCUUGAGCUUGCAAUAUUGGAUGCUGAGGAAAAAAAGUUGGUGCAAUUUUUGAGGCAAUACAAAGUUAUGUCAUAGAGCAGGGAGGUGACAAUCUUCUCUGUACAGCUUGAGUUGGUGCUGUUCAUAAUACUUCUCUUCUGAGUAGCCUCCUUAAUUCAAAGUUAGCAGAGCAGCAUCAUGAAACUAAUUAAUACAUUUUUAAAAAGAUAAAGCUCUCAAUGCAGUGUUUCCUAUCAACAAAACCAGUAUUACAGGCUUCUCAGGAUAGUCUCAGUGGAGAUGGGGAGACGCUGUGGAAAUGCAAUCACACAAAUACUGCACUGUUAGACCAAAGGCUUAAUACAUCAUUCAUGUAACCAAGCCGGAACUGCAGAGUAAGGGACAGUUUCUACAGGCUGCCAUCUAAAAUACAUGCAUGUCUAUUGACUGUAUAGAUAAUAUUCAAAUCUCCACCUUGAUAUACGUAAAAGGGCUUUGGUUUUAGUAAUUGUACCAGAGGAUAGUCAGUAACAAACCAGCAUGCUGAUGAUUUAAAUCUUUUGGGUUUUGGAAGUCAGGAAUCACUAAUAGAUAUAGAGCUUGUCAAGACCUAGGAGUAAGACUAGCAGUCACACCUGAAGGUUACUUCUGUCUGGGAAACAAGAUCUGCUUGGAGUAUCUGUACUCCCAAGUGUGUUGCAGGCAGUGUCAGUAGUGAGUCCUUAUGAGGUGGUCCUGACUUGGUGCCCAAACAAAUGACACACCUGCCCCAGGCUAAGCUCUUUAAAUUUCCCGGUGUUCACAAAGGGGAAUUGGCUCAUGUGUCCUGGGAUUUUUCAGGAAGAUGCAUUAAAAUGAUUUCAAGCUGCAACUGAAAAAGGGGGUUAGUUGUCAAUUCUCACCUUGGAUUCUGUCCCUCUCUGUUACACAGCUGUAGCACUUCACACACUUGACUGUUGUUCAGUGAAGGGUUCAGUCCUGCUAUCCCCAUUCUCCACAAAUAAAUCUUAGGAAAGCCGUUAAUUUUGGAAUAGUCAGUGACUGGUCUCCUGCUAUGUCCGGUUCACUCUUGAAAAAGUACAUCAGUGCUACAUACAUUUCUAGGCUUCCUCCUGUUCAAAUCAUUGGACCAUAUUCUAAACCUUCUUAUGCAUCUGCAGUGCUAAGUGAAUGUACAGUGUUCUCCAUGUACGAGUCCUCCUGCUGGUAUCUAAUGGGUUUGGUUUUACAGUUGGCUCUCCUCCUAGAUUCCCACAAUAAGAAAAAAACAAUCAGGGAGGAAGAAGGGUCGUGUCAAUUUGGGGAGAAAGAUAAGGAAGGCAAAGGCUGAGGGAGAGGAUCUGGCUUUGCCAGAUUUUCUUAUGCUGAUCUUCCACUGCUGCAGUGGGAACUGAGUUUAGUAUCAAAACAUUGGUUUUGGUGGGCGCAGAACAGGAGGUUAGCUUGGUAUCCUGGAUAAAAUGUUAGUAAGUACUGUUCAAGCCCUCUCUAUUUACUCAGUGUUUGUUUUGUUCUCUUUACAGAGGAUAAAGGAGCUUGCAAAUGUUUCAUUUUUAUAUAUUAAAAGACACAAAUUUUAAAACUCAUUACUCUCAGCAUGUUGUUUUUACAGACAUCUUCUUUUAUUUGGGUUAAGAAAUACGACUCUCCAGAUACCAUUUAAAAUUGUUCCAUUCAGUGAACAUCCAUUUCAUGAUCAGUGACUGAUGUUUUUGGUCUAGAAAUAAGUGACUUGUUGAUCCACGUCACUAUUGCCUAUUCCAUUUAUCACUGAAAUACAGCAGAAUCCCUUUCUGUCGAAAAAUGAAUGAAACCUGAUGUGCCAAACUAACAUUUUGUUAUUGGUAGAUAAUUAUUCAUGUUCUAGCAAAAUAGUUGUCUAGAAAUGGAGCAAAUGAUUGCAAACAGUUUUUGUCUUCCAGUAAAGGCAACUUUGUUCAAUGGCAGUUCCUAACAGAGGUUUUGUUCUAUAAUCCAGUAUGUCUACAUGUCCGAUUUUAAAAAACAGAGUUUCAGUCUAGAUUAAUUUCAGGCCAAUUGAGAACUUGCUCUGAAGUAUUUGGUUCAAGUUCUGCCUAUGGUCUGGCCCAGUCAUCUUUCUGGAUUUUUUUUCAACAAAAUAAAAUGACAAACAGGGCAUAUUUUGCUCUAAAUGACAUCAGAAUUCUUCCUCCUGGAACUGAGUAUGCUCACCAAGCAGGUUAUCCAAGAUAUGUUUAUAGACUCCUGAACUCAACAGGGAAGCUGAACCUGAGGAUUAGUCUCUCAGGAAUGAGAUGAAUACUCUCAUUUCAUGAUCUCUUUACAGACUUCUUAAGGCUGUGCCUAAGUUGUAUUUUUGCCCUCUUAAUUCAAACAACGGGAAUGCCAUAGUUCCAUACAGUGGGAUGUUCCAGUGAAAUAGUCUGCCUGUGAUACGUGUUUUCUUCAAUGACUACUGUGAAAGCAGAGUUGAGGCAAUUUUUGAGCACAGCUUGUCAGACAAUAUAUCAUGUGGUGGGGGGGUCGGAAAAAAUAUGCUUAUUUUGUUGCCAACUUUGAAUUUUUUUAGCUAUUUUGUUGCUAACUGAAUUUUUUUAGCUCACUCUAAAGCCCAGCUAUUUUAACAAUCCUGCCACUUGCCAGACUUUGUUACAUGUGUACUGAAAGUGCACACCUUGAUGAGUGAAGGAGAGCAAGUCUUCAGUCAUUCUAAAUAUCAGGUUGUUGUAAUUUUGGAACCUGACUUCAGACACUCGUGUUUAAAAUAUCUUAGUUCUACAGUGUGUCCCAGCAGGCCACUGGAGUCAUUCAUACAACCCAUGUACUUUAUAGGCCACUGGUUCAAGCUCUAAAUAUGUAAAGGUAUAAAGAAGCAAUGGGAGAGAAGACACCCAAGAUAUUUCCUUAGUAGAGGUCUAUAAGAGUUGGCAUGCCUUUCAGACAUUAUCUGUGGGUUAGAAACCUUUUCUUACAAUAUCUUAAAGGAUAUAAAUGAUGUAAUAAUCUUUUUUGUAGCUCAAAGGAAGAUAAUGGAAUUAAGAACUUUUUAAUCAGAUGUCAAUACCCCAUCGGAAGAAGAUGAGAAACUAGCAUAAUGUGCAGGGGGGGAAACCAGCACAGCAUGAAAGGAAGUCAAUCUACUUAGAAACGCAACAGGAAAAAAUACAUGUAUUCAUAUCACAUUAACUAGCAGAAUAAUGCUGUACCUAAGCUGUGUGUUGUGCUAGGCCUCUUUCUGCAGGGCUCUGUCCAUAGAAGACACCAGUGUCCACAGGAGACCUCCCUAAUGUGCAGUGGAGUGGAGAGGCGGAAGCAAGGGUAAGGCUUGCGUGUGUUUUUCAGUUUGUUGUCUAUGCUGCAUCUUCCUCUUUAGAAGCAGGCUUUAUUGCUAUAGAAUAAACACACUUAAAGCAAAUGUUUUAUGCAUAGCUUCUUCAGCCCUGAGUUUGCAAAGUCUUUGGUGAUGCUUUUAGAGGGAUUGGUUAAGUGCAGAGAUCUGUGUAACGCUUGAGUGUUUGCAGGGUUCCAGCCCUCAAACGUCAUUUCAGUUUUGACUUCCAAAUGAAAUUGCUUAGGUGUGACACAAAAAGAACCACUAGCUUUUAAUCUCUGAAAAGGGCAAUACAAAAUUAAGCAUUACAAGAUGGUUUAGUAUUGUAGUUGGUAUGUGUUAGAACAGCAUGACCAACUUAUAUUAGCGCUAUAGUUCAAUAAUUAGAUGAGAAGACAGGUACUUUUUAAAGUUACUUGCUGGCAACAAAUAUUUACACUCCUAAAUUAAUACCAUCUCCUAGACACCUGAAAAACAUCAUUCUACCUCUGAUAUUUUUAAAGACUUUCCAAUGUGAGGUCCUCUCUUUAGGACUAAUCUAGAGGGCUUUCUAUACAGAUUCACAGAUUUCAGUUUGACCUGAGAUUCAGUUCAACUACUGAUGAGUUACGAGGACAAAAGGCACCAAUACAAAAGUGUUACUCUGUACAUAUUUUAAUCAUGAAGCCUUUUCUAUGCCACAGAAGUAGCCUUUUCUUUCAAAAAACAAAUCAGAGUUUUCUUAAAUUUGAAACUUAAGUCUUCCAAUCUACAAUCUGUUAGCAUAAAUGAAAAUUUCAAAACAUGUAUUAAAAAUAGAUGAGAUUUGCUUUAUCUGCCUAUUACUGGAAGGCGACUUUCUCCAGCUCCAGUUCAGUGAGCUAUCUAAGCAUGUGUCUAACCUCCUGCCUAUUUAGCAGUAAUAUAGACACAUUUAAGAUGCUUUGAUGUCACUGAAUGUUUAAACUGGAUCAUUUGUUGCAUGGCUGAGACACAAAAUAGAGUUGAUGUUCUUCUUUCUUGAAAUCUUGUGCUCUGCAGCAGCCUCCAUAGAAGUAGGACCAGAUUUGACCACCUGUGUAGACUAAUUGAUUCAACUGUGGGCUCCGCUCAUGAUGAGUGAUGAAGCACCAGAAUUGUGGCUCUUAAUCCCAGUAAGUAGGAGAUUUCCAGGGGAAACAGAUGCCCUUCUUGCUGAAAUUCCCAGUAUAUCUGCCUGUGCCCACUGGGAUUAUUUGCAGUUAAGCCUCAAUUAUGGUAGUCUGUGUGCUAUUCCUGCAACUCAUCUAAGAAUCCAGCGCAAACCAAGAUGAGAGUUUGGCCAUGGAUAUCUAAGCAAGUGACCAGAUAUCUGUCAUAAGGAAUAAAACUGAGAGGAAUUGCAGAGCUGUUUGUUACGUCUUUAAAAGCAUCAGGCAGGAAAUGCUACUGCGAUGCAGGAGAUAGGCAGCCUCCCUUGUGUGGGACAGGUUUGCACACCAGCUGUAAACCCACUCCUGAAUUGAUAAGGACUAGCUAUCUGAUGGAUUUAAAGUCUCUUCAGAAAUACUAAUGCCCCAGAACUGCUGCAUAAUGACAAAUUUGAACCUGGCUGGGAAACCAAGGCUGGUACUUUGCCAGUGCUCCAUUCAGAGGUAGAGAAGUACUAUGCAGCUUAUUUUUGCAUGUUCCAAGAUGACUAAGUAAGGCUCCCCUACAACUGCAUGACUGUAGUAUUUCUUGCUAUAUUUAGGCAACAUUUUGCACUCCCCUUGUGAAAAAAAUCAACCUGAGAUUCAGAGGUGAAAUGUGAUCCUUACUUAAAAUUGAAUCAGCUCUCUCCUGUAUCAGCCUGUUUAACAACUCUCUGCCCCAUCUGGGCCCCUUUAAAGACAACCUCCCCUCUUACCUCCCAAUAGUAAUCAUUUUAAUUACUGUUGCUCUCUGAAAGUGUCUUUAAAAUAGCUGCUACCAGAAGGGCAUCCUGUUUUGUAGCCAUUUUUGCCCAGUCUCUCAUCUGAUUUUACUUUAAACUUAUUUCAACCAAAAUGCUUAGCUGUAUUGUCAUUUUGAUAGGUGGUUUCUCACUGAACAAUCUCAGAGUGGAAUCAGUGCCCAAAGUCAUUACUAUAUGGGGCAACCUAGUCCAUACACCAACUCCAGAAAAUGAUUUCCACUCUGUGCUAAGCCAUUCUGCUGGUUUGAAUGGACUCCCUGAAUUUCAUCUACAGUGUAGAAACUUCUCUUGUCUUUGAGUCUGUAGAUAAUGCCAUCGCCACAGUAACUGAGGUACUUCAUUCAAAAGUCCUUUCUAGCAAGGGCAGACUUGCCUGUGUUUGCAGGCAAUUGUAGUAUUUGUGACCGUGACUUUUGGAGUCCUUUAAGAUUUAAGAGAGCAGAGAUCUGUUCAUAAAUUAGGGUUCCUUUUCUCCAUUUGUGCUAUAUUCGCUCCCUUUUCUUCUUUCUUGAACCUGUUCUCUUUCUUUAUAUUCUGAAUUUCCUGUUUUGCACCAAACAAUAUAGUUGAGAAAUGACAGUUGAGGGAAGGUUCAGCAGGAGCAGCUGAGGAAAGGAAACCAACUUGCUCAGGUAAAUUGCAUGUGCACUGACUGCAAACUCGAGUCAUUGUGACGCAUCAGCAGAGCACUUCAAGCAGAAGUGGUGCCUCCUCCAACACAGCCCCAAACCCACUGUGAGAGUUAUGGGCUAACCUGAGAGGGGGCUGGAGCCUAAAAUGAGAGAGAGCUGCUGCAAAGUUGCAGAUGACAGUGUUCAGGAUUGUGUAACAGAAGAAGUUUUUCUCAGGACUUUCCUUUUGAAAUGUAAUUUUAUCAGAUGGCUCAUCUGUCUUUGUAAACAGUGCAGGAAAAUACAAGCCAGUAAGUCAUGUUGGUACUGGUGACUAGUGUUAAACUGAUCAUUGUAAAUUGAUCUUUUAUCUCCAUUGUCUUUCCAUUAAUGGGGCUGUGUCAGAGAUGUAUUCAGACAAGCAAGUUUUUCUCGUUAGCUUUAGUCACUAGGUUAGGUAUUAGUUAUCGCUUGAUUUUCUUUUAACAUGUGAAGCAGCAUUUACUUGAAGGUGUUGGUGCUUUAAUUUAGACAGCUGGUACCCCACCCACAAAGUCAUCCCACUGUUACUGCUACCUUUUCCUCACUUAGCCAAAAAGUUCAUGUGUGGUGUCUGGUCUCAAUUGCCUCGAGUCCUUUAUAAUAAUUACUGUCAGUGUAAAGUAGGUGUAACAUGCUUCUAAAUCAGAACAGUAAUGAUGUAUAUGUGUAGCUGGUAUUCAUUCAACAGACCAAUUUCACUGCCAAGCCAGUUAUUCCAGCGGAAGACCUGGUGCACAAGAUAGAGGAUACCGAAGAACUGAGCCCGUGAUUCAGUACCCAGCGCAAAAGAAUCUCUAGAGGCAAGUCAGUAAAAGAGCAAGUUUCUACUUACGGUGUUAUCCAUGAAGCAGUCACAAAACAAAUAGCUCAAUCAGGUGGUUGGUACUAAAAUGAUAUGGGUGGCAGUCAUUGGUGAUUGGUUCAACCUCAUAUUUAAAUGGAUUUUAUUUGGUCAUCGUCCAUACUGGUGGGUACAAGAAACAAUGUUUUAUCCCAAUCAGUCAAGCCCAUGCCUUGAACAAUUUCCUAUAACAUGUGAAACUGGGCCAGGAAGCCCAUCUGGGCAUGCGAUGGGAUCUUCUUGUGUCUGGUAUGUAAUGGUCACAGCAGCACUUAGCUACACAGUAGGCUGGAAAGAUAAAGAUAAAUCAGCAGUUACCCUUCACAGACUGACAUGGUCAUUCCUCUGGAGUAUUUUUUGGAUUAUCCAGAUCAGUGUGUGUAUCUCAAGAGUAUUCAUAGCAACACAUUUCCCUCAUCAAGUUAUUCUUGGAGUAUUUGCUGGAAUGCUUGUGGCAGAAGCAUUUGAGCAUACCCCUGCUAUUCAGACAGCAAGCUUGAGAAUGUACAUCAAGAUAAACUUGUUUCUUUUCAUCUUUGCCCUUGGCUUUUAUCUAGUCCUCAAACUUCUUGAUAUUGACUUGCUAUGGUCUGUUCCAAAGGCAAAGAAAUGGUGUGCCAACCCAGACUGGAUAAACAUUGACACAACUCCAUUUGCUGGACUGGUGAGAAACUUAGGUGCACUCUUUGGCUUAGGUCUUGGUAUUAAUUCUGAAAUGUUCAUCACAAGCUGCAAAGGUAAAAAUGGCUGUAAGAUAAGUUUCCGGAUAUUGUGUAUAGCUGCUUCUUUAGCUACACUGCAGCUGUAUAACUUUGUUAAGAUACCUGCUCAUACUGAAUAUUUAUUCUACAUUCUUUCUUUUUGUAAGAGUGCAGCCAUGCCUGUUACUGUCGUUGCCUUGGUUCCAUACUGUGUCCACUUAUUUAUGAGGACAACUGAAAAGAAGUUAAAUUAGAUAAAGUUUCCAAAUGGUCAGCAAUCUGUGGCUGUCUGUGAACUCUCUGAGGAGCCCCCACCGCCCAAGGCAGUUUUGCCAACUCAUUUUAACUGGGUGGGGGCAAUGCCACCACAUCUUUGAUGUACUCCUUGUAAGUCAUCGGUACAUCCCAGAAUGACCUUGACAGCUCAGAAAUAUUAAUCGUUGUCUCUAUUCUUUGAAAUAUUGCAAGGAAGGACAAUGCAAAAUAGUUUUCUAACAAUACGUUGGGAUGUGCAAAAGUUUUCAAGCGUAAUCAACUAGUUUUAUUUAGCUACUUGAUGAUCUUUUAGUUCUGUCCAUCUCCAACUAGGUGGUGCUUGAAGCCGCAGUUGUAUAUGGUGAUAGUCAAUAUUCCAUUUUUUUAUAUAUAGAUAUUGUCUUUUAAAGUGCUAGAUAAUGGUGUGACAGUAUCACACCACCUAUAACUGUACAGCUGCACCCAGGCGCUGAGAAAAAAGCCAGCAUAGUUAUAGGAAAGGUUUUCUUUAAAUUUAAAUUAUUGAUCUUCCUGAGAAAACAGCUUCUGAUUAAGGAAAAAAAAUAAAAGAAAAUUUAUUUCAGUUAGACUCUGCAGAAUAUAUUUUUGUGCUACUGUGUGAUUUGUCAUUCUUAAUUUUUAAAAAAUGGUCAUGUAAAUUAUAAAUGCUAAAGAUUACACCUUUGAUUUUCUGAAAAUGCAUGAAUAUUGUGUAACAAAUCUGUGGGUUCUGUACAUCUACACAGAAAAAGUGAAGAAAGGUGUUAAUACUGAGAUUGUCUCAGCAUGUUGCUUCAAGAACGGUGUUCUUGCUCUCCUGUAUUGCAAAGGUAAAUUAGUCUAAUUCUCUCAUAUCAAGUCACAAGCCUGAAUCACUGUUAGUGGUUGUGUAAACCAUGAAAACAUAAUUGAAGAUUAAAUCAUUGCAAGCUUAUAUUUUUGUCAGAUUAGUUAGUAUUUAAUAUUAGUUACUUCUGUGCUCGAGUAAACCAGUGUUAAAUAUACAAGUUUGUUAUAUACAACUGAUGCUGUAAAUAUGUAAAGCCAAGUACUCUCCCUUCUUAUCCAUUAUUAAGCACCUAUUGUUGCAUAUUCCCCUUCAGUGCACAAUCGCUAAACAAUACUUUGUUGAUACCAACUCAUAAUACUGACAAGCAGUAUAAGGCUACAUUAGGCCCUAAUGAAGUCUGUACAUGUAUAAUCUGAUAGCAAUAAGACUGAAAGGAUAUAAACAUAAUACAGCUUCUAGACUUCCAAUUGCUUGUAGGAUGACUGAAAUAGAAAGAAUCUUAUUUAAUUGGGAAAACAAGGUGAAUAGUUUGAGCUGGCCCUUGGGAGUGAACAUGAUACAAAUUACAGAGGCUAAUACAAAACAUGCAUCCUUAUUUAAGAGCCUAUUAAGGCUACCCUGACUUUAAAAAAGAAAAAAAAAUUUUUUUUACUAGUCUGAGGAAUACUAUGCUUUAUGCAUCUUCUAGCUGCUUCUCCUUAAUGAAUCCGAAUUUCUGUUUCCUGCAGCAGCUGACCUGAAAUCAGUCAAUUUAUAUAAUUAUGAGUAGUAAAAAUUUAGGCAACAGUGACUAAGCUAAUAGGACUAGAGACAAAUAAUGAAAAAACAGGACGACAACUAUGACAAAGAUUCUUCCCGUGUUCAAGUUGCUCUGUGCUUUGUUACUCCUACAGUUGAGGUGGCCUACAGAGGCACCGCAAGAUGCAGGAAGCACUGUAACUGUGCUUCUAUUCCUCGCUCCGUGCAGCCGACCCUGGGGGAUCCUCCGUACACAGCCUCCCUAUGGCUACCGCAGCAGUGCCUGGGCCUGCGGGCAGUGUAGGCUAUUUUAAACUUAUAGGUAGGUGCCACGUGUGUGAGGCUCUUCUUUUCAGUACUGGCAAAGAAUCUUGGAUUGGCAAAGAAUCUGUAAUGGGAGACACGACCACGAAAGUGGAAUGACAGUUAGCAUUUUUGUGGUAUUCUUCUGAGUGCUGUACACAUACCUAAGACAACAUGGGUUUUUAUUGCUCUCUUGGAGUUUGUAAUUAAUUCAGCCUGUAACUAUAGUAUGCUAGGGAAUAGGACAAAGACGAGCUUCCUGCUGAACCACCUUGUAUUCUUUCUGUACAUAUUAAAACAUUCCUAAAACCAAGAACUGAAUGAUGAGAAAACUAAAUGAAAUUAAACUAUUGAUAAAAUUAAAUUUCUGAAGUUACUGGUAACUUGAUGACAGUAGAACAAGACACUUCCCGAGAAGCUGUAGUGUGUUGAACUAGUCUUGUGCAGUUGUCUGAAGAGCCUCAAAAGAUGACUCCGGAAAGUUAGCAUUUUCCUGAGUGCUGGAUAAACAAGUGUCAGAUAUAAUUUUGAUAGCAUUAGAGUUGUAUCAACUAAAUAGCUGACUCUCAUUUACAAUAAAAUAGGACUACAUAUUCCUUAGUCAGACUUUAGCGAAUUUGCCUGAUUUAGUAAGAUUGUGUGGUGCCUUAACUAAGAACUCUCAAGUUAAACAUUUGAGCUGUAACUUCAUCAGUCUUUUGCAGCUGUUAGUCAAAUUGUUAAUACUUUGAACAGACACUGAGGAUAAAAAUUUUAUGGUGAUGGGCUGAGCUACUCAACCUAGUUUGGGCAACAAGUACUGAGUCCCUUUUGAAUUAAGGUUUUCCUACCUAAUAAAGGGGGUCAGGGUGCUCAACUUGUCCUCCUGCUUCCAUUAAUGGGAGCCCAGGAAAAAAUUAAUCCUGUAUUCUUGACACGGAGUUGUCCCAAUAGGGAAAAUGCAAUUCUAAAAUUCCUUCCAUCCCUCUUCAAAAAAAAUUCUCAGUAGCCACCAGUAGUUGUGUCAUAUGAAGUAGCAGUAGCCCACCCAGUUAAGGUGGGUCUUACUCUUCGUACAAACCAGCUGACAAAUUGUUUUUUUCAUCCAGUUCAUAAUACUCACUUCUGUUAACAGGCAGCUCUCCCAUGCCUCCUCCCUAUUCAUGCUACUCCUUCCUGAUGGAAGGACUCCCUCUGGCCUAGUGAGACUGUUCCUGCUCCAGGCAGUUAGUCAGAUGCUAUACCAGUACGAUGUCAUGGCUACAUUUAUCCAGAGGAGGGUGCUUGGAAAACCAGAUGAUACAGUUGCCAUGGGACCAUGCAGAGGAACACACAGCAGAGACACCAAGCAAUGCAGUCAGCUAGAGCUGCCAAGACAAGUAACUCAGGGCUGGCGCUGAAGGCCCUAAGCAAACUCCUUCGGUUCUGCCCAGGGCUCUUGUCGCCAGGCUCCAGGGCCGGGAGGUGCUAUCAGUGCGGCAGCUGCAGAGGAAAAGCAGAGAGCUCCUGCCAGCCCAUUAGGGUCUGCUCUUCAGGCCCUGCCUCAAAAUACCUGCCCCUGCCCGUACACAACGUGUGGCGUCCCUUGCAGUGUAGUCUCUGUGCACAGGACGAAAGGACUUUACAGCCGUAUAGACCAAUAGCACACAGCUGUGAGGUGGCAAGAGCUGGCACCCAAGAGUGUGGGAGCAUACAGUUUUUGGUGUACAUUGUGAGUGCCUCUGUUACACAGGUGUAGAUAUGAGCUCCUAAUGUUCACUAGCCCCCUAGAAAACAGGAUUUACCUUAUGAAGACGAGCAGCUUAGUACAGGCAGCACCCAGCCAGGCCCAUGUUAGUGCUCCUGCAAGAAGACAGCUGGGACCAGCAGGUGCCUUUGCAGGUGGGGCUAGUGUAAUUGCACUGGCCUUCGCAACAGCUCUGUCCUGUAAAGCACACCAGUGGUACAGACAUGAUCGAAAUACAUACAAAUACUUGGUAUCUGCAGGGAGAAAUUCAAGUGCUUGUCAGAACUGUAAGAAAUGAAGUGUUAAAGCACAAGAGUCGAUAUAAAAUACAAUUUAUUCAUGUAAUUUGGGCCACAAAGCUGCAGUCCUUUAGGGAAAAAAAUGGCAUAAGCACUCAUAAUAAUUGUAGGUUUUAUUAAAGUGGGUUUUUCCCUUAUAUCCUUAAAUACAAAUAUAACUUAUCAUAUAGAAUUGUACUGUAAGCAUGUUAAAAAAAUAAAAUCACUGAGGUUUUAAUCUAUA